AUGGCUUCAUUUAUACCGUGUGGACCAUGUGGCCACGACGAGAACACACGCAAUGCAGAGAAAUGGUGCACGGAUUGCAAUGAAGGUUUUUGUAAUGUUUGUGAGAAGGCACAUAAGUCACUGAGAAUAACAAGAGACCACAAUUUGAUCAUUAUCGAAGACUACCGUAAAAUUGAAAAUGUGAAUGUGUCUAUUCAAUGCGAGGAGCAUGGGUCCAAACUGGAAUUGUAUUGCAAAGCACACGAAACGGCUAUUUGUAUUGCAUGCCUUCCAACAAGGCAUAAAGUUUGCUCUAACUCCAUAAUCCCUCUUGCAGAAGCAGCGAAAAAUGCGAAGACAUCAACUGCUCUGGAGGACUUGGAUCACACAAUUAACGAAACAUUAGUAAACAUACAAACAUGUCUUAAUGAUCGCGAGGCUGCAACCGAAAGAAUUGAAAAACAAGAAAAGAUCAUCAAGAAGCGUAUUUUUGAUUCGAGGGAAACUAUAAAUAAGCAUUUAGAUGAUCUUGAAAGUAAAUUAUUAAAUGAGUUGACGACAGUAUAUACUUCUUGUAAAUCAAAAAAUGGGAAAAUGCAGAAACAACUUAAUGAAAUGGAAAAAGAAAUUAAACGUCUCCAGGAACAAACAUCUCAACUAAAACGUUUUGCUCCCGACAUACAGGUAUUUUUAAGUACACUUCAGAUGAAUAAAGAAAUAUUUGACGAGAUAAAGUCCAUAACAAAAGCAUCAGCUUCCGUUAGGAAUAACAACAUAGAAAUAGAUUUACACCAGGGUAUUACUUCACUGCAGAAAGAUGUUGAUUAUUUUGCUAGAGUAAAAGUCGACGAAAGUACCAUCAACUGUCCUUUUAAGGAUUCAAAAAUCGAUCAGGCCCAAAUACAGGUACCAACCAGACAACAAGAACGAACUAGAAGAUCUGUUCACAAUACAAAGCUAAAGCUGCGAAAGAAGUUUAAAAUUGAACAGAAAGGAAUUGAAAUGUACAUUACAGGAUGUGCAAUUUUGGCAAGUGGUAACAUAUUGUUUGCUGACAACGCUGGGAAGAAUGUAUUAAUGGAGUAUAAUGUAGACGGACGUUUUAUCCGUGACAUACCCGUCUAUGGAAGGCCAUGGGACCUGACACUGGAAACAAGAGAAUAUGAACUGAGGACUAUUAAAGCAUUUAGUGGCCAUCUAGGAUUGGUGGCCAUUUUGGAAACGUAA